CCAAGGAAUGCCCUGAGGACGUAUACAUCCUGGACCAGGCUGAGGAGGUCCUGGAGGGCGAGAUUGACCAGAGCGAUCAGGCCUUCUUGGACGAUGACCAGAUGGGUGUGACGUACGCCACUUCCGACGUCACCAUCAAGACCCACUGCGAGGACGAGCUGUGA